ACUGGUUCUUCCGUGUAAUAUGUUGAGUCUCUGUAAUUAUGAUCUAUUGUCUCAAAGGAGGAAAGUUCAGGAUGGCAGAUUUUGGACUGUAUGAAUACCAGGAGGAAGUGGUCGAACAGGCUCUUCAAGGAGAGAACAUAAUUAUUUGGCUGCCGACUGGAGGUGGAAAGACCCGUGCUGCGGUGUAUGUGGCCAAAAGACACCUGGAGACCACACGUAACGCCAAGGUGGUGGUCCUGGUUAACAAGGUUCACCUUGUGGACCAGCACUACACCAAAGAGUUCAAACCACACCUGCGCCAUGACUACGCCCUGGUGCCGGUCAGUGGAGAGAGUGAGGAGAAGGACUUUUUCGGGAAAGUUGUGCAGGACAAUGACGUAAUCAUCUGCACAGCACAGAUCUUGUACAAUGCUCUGACUAACACGGAGGAAACCAAACACGUUGAGCUCUCAGAUAUUACUCUUCUGAUAAUCGACGAGUGUCACCACACCCACAAGGAGUCAGUCUACAACAAGGUGAUGGGAUGCUACGUGGAGAAAAAGCUGAGCAAAGAGGGACCGUUGCCACAGAUCCUGGGUCUCACUGCGUCACCAGGAACAGGAGGUGCAAAGACCCUGGAAAAGGCUGUGGAGCACGUACUGCAGAUUUGUGCCAACUUGGACUCAGCCAUAGUCUCAACUAAACACUAUGCCCCCGAGCUGAAGAGGAACGUCCCCAGACCCAUCAAGACAUUUGAUGUUGUGGUGCCAAGGCCUCAUGAUCCAUUGGGGGAUCAUCUGAAGUGGAUGAUGGAGCUGGUCCAUGAGUUCAUGGUGCUACCUUCAGACUACACACUGAGAGAGACAGGCACGCAGGAGUAUGAGGCAGAUGUGGUGAUUCUAGAGCAGCAAGGAGUAAGACAGGGCAACAGACAGCUAGCAGAAUGUGCACGCCACCUCAGACAGUACAACGACGCCCUGCUCAUCAAUGACACCCUGCGAAUGAUGGACGCUUAUCGCUCCCUAAACGAGUUCUACAACAUGAAGUCUGCAACAGUCAUUGAUGGAACAGACCUGUUCCUGGUGGGACUUUUCCAAGAGAAUCAGGUGGAGCUCAGGAAACUGGCAGGGGACUCUCGCUAUGAAAACCCAAAGAUGUCCAAACUUCAGAGCGUUCUGCUAGAACAGUUUGUUCCAAGUGUUGAAUCAAGGGGGAUCCUCUUCAGUAAAACCCGCAGAAGCACCCACUGCCUACAUGACUGGGUCAGCACCAACAAAGUCUUACAGGAAGCUGGCAUCAAGGCAGCUAUCCUCACUGGGGCGGGCAAUGGCAUCACUUACAUGACGCAGCACGAGCAGGCGGACACGAUCCGCAGAUUCCGCCAGGGUUCUCUCAACCUGCUGAUCUCCACCAGUGUGGCUGAGGAAGGCCUUGACAUCCCAGAAUGCAACCUGGUCGUACGUUAUGGACUGCUGACGAAUGAGAUUGCCCAGCAGCAGGCCAGCGGACGUGCCCGGGCCAAAGACAGCAAGUACUCAGUCGUCGCCCAGAAAGGGGGCCGGGAAGAGCGCCGGGAGCACAUCAAUGAAUAUCUGGAAGAGCUGACAGGACAGGCCAUUGCAAAGGUCCAAGACAUGAGCCCUCAGGAGUUCCGCAUAAAGAUAGCUGAGCUACAAAAGCAGGCAGUCAUCUGCAAAAAACUUGCAGAGAGGCGCCUAGCAGAGAAGAGGAGUCGCCACAGUGCUGCCAGUGUCCAGCUCUUGUGUCGAAACUGUUUCAAGCCUGUGGCCUCUGCCAGUGACAUUAGACUUGUUGACAAUGCGCACUAUGUCAACGUCAAUGCUGACUUCAAGAGACACUACAAAGUCGGUGGGCAGGUGUGUCUGGACAGGACUUUUGAGGACUGGGAGCCUGGGUGUACAAUCAGUUGCAAUAACGGCAGCUGCAACAAGGACUGGGGAUUCGAGAUGAAGUACAAGAAGCGUGCCCUGCUGCCAAAUAUAGCCAUUAAGCACUUUGCCCUGCAGACACCUGAUGGCAGGACGACUGCAAAGAAAUGGAAGGAUGUCACCUUCACUGUUGAGCACUUCAGCUUCGUAGAAUACUGCGAUGAAAACUUCCCUGACCUUCUUGAUUGAGAUACCAACAAGAGAAUCUAAGUGGGGUUUUUUCCCGUUCCUCACAUGUCAGUUUUUAUUGGUUAUUAAUUCCAGACCACAUUUAGAGAAAAAAAAUCAUUGUACUGUUUAAGGUGCUUAAAUAUGAACACACUCUUUAAAAAAAAUCCCUCCACACGUGCGUGCUGGCAUUAAUUUGUGCUGCCGGGCGAGUGAGGCAGCAGAGUGCUAAAACCCAUUACGCAUCGAUCAUGCUUGAAAUUAGCAUGACAUCUUUGUUUACGCCCACGGUGCCGACUCUCUUUGCAUGUUUUUUUUUUUUUUUUUAUUAUUUCUUCUACUUCAUCGUAAGUCAUGCACAGAAACAAAGCACGUAAUGAAGUCAGAUGUGACAUACACCUUAACCAUCAUGAACACUUGUCAUGUCAUCAUAAAUUUGAUUCCUCGUGGGCUCGAUUUUAGCCUUUUUAAAAUGCUUUUAAUUGCAAAUAAAAUGUUAACAGUUGAAGCUGGUAUAGUGUACCAACUGAUCAUCUCAAAUAAUCUUAAAUAAUUCAAAUGUUUUCCAAGCAAUUAGUACACAUUACUGUAUGAAUGUCCACUUUAACUUUAGAUCAUUUUAUUUUGUCUGCAUUUUUUUAACAACUAUUAAUGUCCACUGUAAAUAAACUACAUCUAAAUCUUACAUGACAUUUACAUAAACAGUCCUCUUGGAUUUCCAGCAGAUCCUCCAUCAUAAUUUUGUCUUCAUUGGACCACUAGGUGUCAGUGUUGGUUAGCAAAUCAAGUCAGACAAAAUGUCUCUGUAUCUGUAACCUCUAAUGAAAGGUGGGAAAAACGCCAGGGGAGGAAUUUUUGAGUGUUUCUCAAACUAAUGCCCAGUCAGUUUUAGAUAAAACAACUUAGUUUAAAUCGUCAGAUAUGUAUUAAAAAAUGCUGAUGAUGUUAAGGAAGUUCUC